AUGUUUGGGCUGCCAUCAUUCAGCAAGCGGCAGCCAGACGCCUGGAGACUCCAGCUGGCCUUCAGCCACCAGCAGGAGCUGGAGGUGAGCUGGACGGCGGUCGAUGGCGAGGCGACGGUUCUGGCGUCGGUGCACGACGCGCUCAACAGCCCCGACCUGGUGCACGAGCACGUCAAAGUGCAGCUAUCCACGGGGCGGCAGCAGCUGCUGGGCGUGGUUGCGGCGGCGGGGUUUGGGCAGGCGGCGGCGCGGCUGUCGCUCAGCGUGCAGGCCACGCGGUCGCGGCUGACGAGCGCCGAGCUGACACGCACGUCUGGCAGCGCCACAAUGAGCACCUCCAUUGCCCUGGCGCUGUGGAGCGCGCUGGAUGUGGGCACCGUCACACGCCUGCGUGUCGCUGAUGGCGGCGCGGUGGCGGCGCUGGCCGACACCCGCGUGCUGGCUCGCUUCAAGGCGCUGCGGGUUCUCAAUCUCAGCAACGCCGGCCUGGGCGCGCUGCCGCCGGCCGUGGGCCUGCUCACCGAGCUGCAGGAGCUGCGGGUGGUUGGCAACCAGCUGCGCAUCCUGCCCCCCGAGAUAGGGCAGCUCACCAAGCUGCGGGUGCUGGCUGCCGACUCCAACCAGCUCACCAUCCUGCCAGGCGAGCUGCGGCGGUGCGUGCUGCUGGAGGAGCUGACACUGCAGCACAACCGGCUGACCAGUGUGCUGCUCAGCUUUGCCUCGCUGCGUAACCUGAGUGUACUCCACCUGUACGACAACCCGCUCGAAUUCCUGCCGGAGAUCUCGCCCUGUGGGCACCUGCAUCACAUCACUGUGGCCAACCUGCGGGUGACUGCCGACCCCGCCUACACCAAGUUCAAGGUGGAGGUGCUGCCGCCGCCACCCGGUGGCGGCGGCUCUGGCAUCGCCAGCAUCAGCCUGUGGGACAGCAAGCAGUCAGACAAGCUGCGCCCCAUUUUCUCUCUCAUGCUGCGGCGCAGCAGCGGCCACCACCCGCUGCUGGCGGGCGCGCUGCGUUACCUGGCUGAGGAGGACCCCAAGAACCGGGAGCUGAUGGCGCGGCAGGAGAACGGCCUGCAGCAGCUGGUUCUGAUGGCACUGUCUGACAACCCGGUGGUUGUGGAGGAGACGUGCCGCACGCUGAGGCUGCUGGCAGAGCACAGCCCCGCGCUGGCAGACGCCGUGGUGGAGAACGAUGCGAAUGCCAUCAUGCGCCUGCUGCCCUCGGCCGACCGGCACCGCCAGCUCAGCACGCUGCGCCUGCUGGCCUCCAUCGCCUACUCAUCCUCUGCCGCCUCCGCCAAGCUGGCCACGGACAGCCUGCUGCGCAGCCUGGAAGAGCUUGUGGUUGGAGAGGGCGGGGAGGCGGGGGAGCAACAGGGCGGGGACGACAGCAGCUCGCGCGAGGCGGUCCGCACCGCAGCGCUCAAGGCGCUGGGCAACCUUGCCUUCUGUGCCGAGAACCAGCGCCAGCUGGAGCGCAACUCGGGGCUGAUGCGGCGGCUGUCCCAGCUGGCGCUGAGCAGGGAGGAGCCGCUGAAAGUGCAGGCGGCGGCGCUGCGCGUGCUGGCGAUACUCGGGGAGAAUGAGCUCGUGCGGGCGGCGGUGGGCAAGCCGCCCAUCCAAGGACGCGGCCUGCGCAUCUUGUCCCUAGACGGUGGCGGUAUGAAGGGCCUGGCCACGGUGCGCCUGCUGCGCGAGCUGGAGCGCCACACCGGCAAGCGCAUUUACGAGAUGUUUGACCUCAUCGUGGGCACUAGCACAGGUGGGCUGCUGGCGGUGGCGCUGGGCCUGCGCCAGCUUGACAUGGACGACUGCACCUACAUCUACAAGGUGCUGGGCCAGAAGGUCUUCUCCCGCAUCGUGGCAGCCAAGGACAGCAAGGAGGAGAGCUGGAUGGAGUCUUUCUAUCGCACCUUCCAGAACAAGACCUCACACGUGCGUGCCGUGGUGGUGGGCUACAAGCACGAUGCCAGCGUGUAUGAAUCCCUUUUGCGAGAGUACUGCGAUUUCAGCACCCAUGAACGCUGCGUUGGAGAUGCCAUGAUUGACACCGCGGGGCUGAAUGUGCCCAGCAUCGCCCUUGUCAGCACCCUGUCGUCCGUCUCCCCCGCCCCGCCGUUUGUCUUCCGCAACUACCAGCUUCCUCCCGGCUCCGACACGCUGGCACAGCAGAUCUCGGGCCACGCCGGCUCCUGCAAGCACGCGGUGUGGCAGGCAGUGCGCGCCUCGUCGGCGGCCUCCUUCUACUUGGAAGACUUUAGCUGUGGCGGCGACAAGUUCCAGGACGGCGCUGUGACAGCCAACAACCCGUGCGUCAUUGCCCUCCAGGAGGCGCGCCUGCUGUGGCCGGAGCACCGCGUCGAGGUGGUGGUGAGCCUGGGGGUGGGUCUGGCACCGCCGGCGCGGCGGGAGAAGGGGCUGACAUCGUUCAUGGAGACAGGCUCCAUCCUCAUCGAGUCAAGCACGAGCGUGACACGGGUGGAGGAGGCGGUGGCCACGCUGCUGCCUCUGGUGCCGGGCGUCAAGUACUUUAGGUUUUGCGCGCUUGACCCACGCUGCGCCAUGGAGCUGGACGAAAUCGACCCGGAGCGCUGGGCGGCGCUGGAGGCGGCCACCGACGACUACAUCGCCCUGCCCGCAGCACAGGCCAAGUUUGCGGCGGCGGCGGCGGCGCUCGGCACGCAGGGUGGGGAGGCUGGCGCUGAAAUGGCAGCGCCUUCCAGCGCUCGAGCCCCCGUAAAGCUGGGCCUGCGGCGCAAGCUUGUGGUCCUGCGAGCACCGCGGCUGGGCGCGCAGCAGGCCAGCGUGGACGACGCAGUUGCAGCCAGCCUGGGCAGGCUGCCAGACUGUGCGGCAGUUGUCAACCUCCAGCGACUGACGGUGCCGCCUAGCGGCCGCGAGUGUGACCAGGAGCAGCAGCUGCCCUCGGCAGCACCAACACCCCCUGCAGUAUCUUCAGCAGCUGGCACCACUCUGGCAGUAACGGCACCCAGCAGAGCAGGGGGGCCCCCGCCGGCAGCACAGCAGGCGCAAGUUGCUGCGCCAGAGAGCCCCGACGAUGGCAGUGUGGUACCUGAGGGCAGCGGCCUCUCUGCCUACCUGAGCAGCUGGUUUGGCAGCCCGGCCAAGCAGCCAAAGCAGCCGCCCCCGGCUCCCGACGCAGCAGGAGAUGCGGCAGUGGCCGCCCUGGCCGGGCGGCGGCUGGAGGAGCAGGUGGCGCCGCUGGUGCCCUCUGUGGGCGUGGUGCACCUGGGCAUGGAGGCGGUGGGCGGCGACGGUCCCGUGCUGCAGUGGAAGCAGCGCCUGCAAGUGGUGGCAGAGCCAAGCGAGGAGGCUUCUGCGCUGCUGCAGAGCCUGGGUCACGACCCACAGGAUGCACGGCUGACGGACAUCUUCUCCCAGCAGCCCACCUUGGAGCUGGCGGGCAGCCGCACCCUGAACGUGUUGAGCAGCCAGACGCACUGGACCGAGGGCGCUCCGCUGUCCAUGCUGCUGCUGUCUGCUGCCAGCCCACAGGUGGUGCUGCCUGAGGACAGCCUGGGUGCGCUGGCCUGGCUGCUGCGGGGCCAGCUGGUCGUGUGCACCGCGGCGCUGCCCCACGGCUUUGCAGCCGCCAUCGUGCGCGCGGGUGCCAAGGGUGUGGUGUGCCGCAUGGCCGCUGGCGCCGAGGCUGAUGCUGGCAAUGGCAGCGAAGAAGGCAGCGCGGCGCCCUUGGAGUGCAGCACAGAAGACUGCUGCGGCUACUUUGCUGCAUUUUAUGAGGCGCUGCUGGCGGGGCGCAGCGUGGCCACUGCGCUGCAAGCGGCGGAGGAGCAGCACCCGGCACUGCGCGGUGCAUACCAGUUGCACAACGACAGCAGUGUGUGA